GCUGGCUUGAACAUUGCAUCUCCACGAAGGACAUGCCCACACGCACAGUCGACUAUCACAACAGAAUCAUCGGAUCGGAUCAUCAUCGACAUCGACAUGGACCAAGUUGCGCAAACUCCUCAGCGCAGUCCGGUGCGCCGGGUGCCGGGCAUCACACAGACACAAAAACAGGCCCUCGUGGACAACCUUCAGCUCGAGAUCACUGAGAGAGCACGCAAAUUACGUGCGCAGUAUGCUCUACAGGCUCAAGGACUCCGCGCGCGCUUGGAACUACGCGUCAACCGCAUCCCACAAGCUUUGCGAAAACGCAACAUCCAAGAACUAAUAGACGAGCACCACGCCAAAUCACGGCCUGCUCCUCCCCCGUCAGCUCCAAUCGCAGUAAAGUCGCAACCAAAGCAGGCGGUGCAGCCGGCACCCAUACAGACGAAGCCAUCAAUCAAGCGGAAAAGCGAUGAAAUGGCAUCAGCAGACGACAAGGAGAAUGUUCCAAGUGAGCAAGCUCUAGAUAUUCCCAACCCAAAGAAAAGGACGAAGACCACGGCGACUGCGAAUUCCAAAGCGACACGCGCGCGAAAUGCUGGUCCUGCCGGCGUGCUUUCUCCAAAAUCCCAUAAUUCACGUACACUGCCACACUCACCGAUCAAGCCGGCAGAGAAGCCAACUACAGCGCGGCCUAUGUCAUCCGCUCAAAACACAGCAAGCCGAGCAGCUCGUGCACCCAGUCGACAAACGAAACGACCUGGGACCGCCUCCGACACGGAGGGGAGAGCGAGCGAGGCUAGCAACACCAGUGCUGGCACGACUAUAGUGACAAAGCCUGGAACUCGAAAAGCCGCGGCGCCCAAGAAAGCAACCACCACGGUCAAAGGUACGGGAACCAGCAGGAAGCCGGCCGUUGCAAAGGUUGAGACCGCUCCGUCGGCUGCCGCGACCAGAGCUCUGAGGAAGAGGAAUUAGCAGCGUGGCAACUCCAAAGUGGCAGAAUCAAUGCUACUCAGGAGCCGAUACGCCCAAUCAGGUGUCAGGCUACUCACAGGGAACUUGUCUCUGCAUCGCGCGUUGCAGUCUUGCUUCUCGCCUGCUGCAGCCCAGGCAAGGAAUGCUUUGGAACUCCGCGCUCCCGGCGAAAGGCAAGUGUCCACUCGACGAACAGAAAUGGCUCGCUUUCUCUCAAUUAUGCUCAACAUUGAAGUGUUUUGCUAGCGACUGGCAACGCGAAGCUCAAGCCUGAGCAGCGUAUGUACUUCUUUGCUUCCACGAGGCAACCAGGCCUCGCAGAAUACGCCAGGCACUACCUCGAAAGCAACAGUCUCGCACUCCACAUGGCUGGACAAGGAGAGCUUGUUGCGAUCAGGUCCGCUUCUCUCAACGGAUCGCUACUCGCAGCAUUCGACAUGGCACUGGGCCGGGAUAGCCGUGUGCAAGCAUGAAGACAGACGAAGCUGUUUUAGCCUUCGGAAACAGAGCGUGGUCGCUGGCUUGACUAGAUUUCACAGCUUUAGGGCACACGAAGUGAAGUGUUGGUUGGAGACCGGCCAGGCGGUCGCACGAUAGGACAAGGAUCUGUAGCGGCGUGUCUGGGGCACGUGGCCCCGAACAUCAUCCGUAUCUUACAACGCCUUCGGCCAGGCGUUGGCGCGCCCGCGGCGAGUGCUGUGCCCGCGUUCGCUUCCUGGAAUUGCUGUGCGAGAUGUGGCCGCCGGGUCGUCUGCACGUCAUCAUGCGCCUGUGCAGAGGAGAUAUUGGGGAUGAGCGUAGCAAUCGCCCCAGCACACUAGCGAAUAGUGGAUAGAUGCAGGGGUAUACAGCACAUUGCAUCCAGUCGACUGGUCCAUCAUGCGGGCGCAUAUCUAUUGUACCCUUGAAGGAUGAUACCAC